AUGAACCCACCUUCGAAAGUCAGCAAACUGAAAAAAGUGGUUCACACUACAGGAAGAGUUAGUGCCAAAAAGGCAGCUAGUUAUUUGCAUUCGAUGCAAAAUUCAUCAACAACAAAACUAACCCCCCCUGCUUCAAUUGCUGCUCCAAUUUGGAAUCCAAAACAUUUUCGGUUGUUUGUUGGGAAUUUAGGACCUGAUGGAAAUGAUGAAUUGUUAAAAGAGGCAUUUCAGAAAUAUCCUUCUAUGAGUCAAGUUCAUGUUCCCAUAGAUAGGAAAACCACCAAAAAUAAAGGAUUUGGGUUUGUAGCUUUUGGCAAAUCUGAAGAUUAUUUACGUGCAUUUCAAGAAAUGAAUGGGAAAUAUAUUGGCCAGCAUCCAGUUCAGUUGAAGCGUGCUGAGUCUAGCGUACCCAAAAAGACCAAGUGUAAAAGGAAAUAA